AUGGCAGCUUAUGCUGCCUUAGUCUCCCUGGUACAGCUCCUUCACCCACACCACUUCCCUUCCCAUCUCCAAACCCCCCAACUCGACUCCCUCUUCUCGAAAGCCCGUUCGCUGCAGUCCUCGCUCGAAAAAAUCUCCCACGUACCCAAAAACCUCCGACCCACCGUAGCCCAACUCGACUCAGAUAUCCGUGACCAAAUCUACCGUGCUCAAGACCUCGUCGAGUCCUUCCUCCUCGACCAAUCCUCAACUCCUUAUUUCCUCCGAGACUUGGCCGACAUAAUCGAAACAAUCGAUCCUCUCGAGCGGGAUGCCUCGACCAUCGCAAGUUCCCUCGAGGAGGAUUCCUCAGAGACAAGCGGCGGCCUAUCCUCGGAGGAGGUCUUUCCGCUUCCUGACUCUUCCUCCGGCGCCACCACCACCACCACCAAGAUCGCUCUCGGAAUGCACGAUAGCCUUCGUGACGUGUCGUUGAAGCAGUGCCGUCUGGAGAAGUUCUUCCACACGAUGAAUAGGUUCGUCGAGAAGGAUGAGCUUCCGGAAGGUACCGGACAGCAGAGGCGCCUGUCAGUGCACAGGAAUAUCUUCGUGUGCAUGAAGGAAGGUUACGACUCGGCUAAAUCGGUUUUGUCGACUCGCACGCUGAUUUUUCCUGGCCCGUAUCAUCAUCACCCGUUGCCUUAUACUCUGACAUUUGACCUUCUGAGGGUGUUAGAUGCUCUUACGGUGUACUUCAUCGAGUUCCCGUCAGAGAUUCUUGAAUUGAUUCACUUGAGGUUACUCUCUCUUACAUACAACGGCAAACUUCCAUCGCAGCUGUCCAGACUGCAAAAGCUUCAGACACUUAUCGUCCACCGACAUCCAAAGAUCAUUUUUAUCGGCUCGUCAUAUCUGCCGGCCGAAGUAUGGGACAUGCCGCAGCUAAGGCAUCUUUUGUUCAUGGAAAGCGAUUUUCCGCAUCCGUCUGAAUGCACAACUGUUUCUAAUAAAAAUUCUGUUCUCUUCCGAAACCUCCAGUCGCUUUCGGAUGUAAACGCAGCUUCUUGUACCCGAGAGGUACUUAAUAACAUGCCCAAUUUGAAAAAGCUAGGAAUGUGGGCCGAAAAGCCGGGAGAUGUAAACUUUUACCUCGAUGAGCUGCAGCAUCUCGAAACAUUGAGGUUCACUGUCCUAAAUCCUAUUCCUAACAAAAGCGUUAACUUUCUCCCUCAAUUUUCUUUGCCUGAGACGCUGAAAAGGCUCACUCUAAGCGGGUGCGGGAUACCUUGGGAGGAAAUGAGUGUGAUUGGACAGUUGCCGAUACUUGAAGUGCUUAAACUGAGGGAACUCGCUUUCCAAGGGAAAGGAUGGGCUCCGGAGGAAGGAGAGUUUUUGGCGUUGAAAUUUUUGCUGCUCGAGUAUGUGGAUUUGAAGUAUUGGAUUGCUGAGCACUCGCAUUUCCCUUGCCUGGAAAGCUUGAUUAUGAGGCACUGCUAUAAACUCAAGGAAAUCGAUUUUCCGGAUAUUAGGAGCAUCGGAGGGCUUAAGCUGAUCGAGCUUGUCGACUGUAGUCCACUGGCUGUGGAGUGGGCGGAGAGUCUCGAGAAAGAUAACAAAGAUAAGAAGCUUAAGAUACGAACUUAUUCUUCGUGGAAAUAG